AGCGAGAGGGCGGCGAUGCCCCGCACGGCCCGGCCCGGCCGGCGGAUGUCGGGUUUAAGGUGGCCCGGUCCGGAGGGACGCGGCGAUCCCCGGAGCUCGGUCUGGGGGGGUCACUGCGUGCGCCAGCUGAAAUUCAAGGAACUGGGCGAGGAGGAGCCCACCUGGGAGGAGGAGAACCUGGACAGCGUGAAGGCGCUGACGGCCAAGCUGAAGCUGCAGACCCGCAGACCCUCGUACCUGGAGUGGGAAGCCCGGGUGAGGGGGCAGCGCUGGGGUGCUCGGACCCCCGCGGGCACCUGGGGGGCAGAGCAGAGCCCCGGGCACCCCAAGGAGCAGCAGGACGGUGGCGUGUGUGGCUUUGCCACCGUGGAGGCGGCUCUGGAGUGGCUCAGGACAGAGCUGCGGGAAAUGCAGGCUCUGGACCAGCGCCUGGCGCAGCAGCUGAUGCGGCUGCGGGCGCGGCUGCACCGGCUGAAGGUGGAGCAGGCCUGCCACCAGCACAAGGAGAUGCUGGACGACGCCACCUUCGGCCUCGAGGGCUGCGAGGAAGACUCGGACCUGCUCUGCAACAUCCCCCCCAAGGCCGCCUUCCUGCUCUCCACGCCGCUCAAGCACAUCGGCGUCACCCGCAUGAACAUCAACUCCCGGCGCUUCUCCCUCUGCUGAGCCACACCCGGAGGCUGCGGGGGAGCCGUGGGUGUUUUGGGGCUCAAGGAUCCCCCCCCAAAUCCCUCAGGACUCGGGGCAGGCGGCGCCGAGCCGUAGGGCUGCUCCCAGGGCGAUGCCAUGCGGUGGUGGCACGGGGAUCGUCGCCGUCCCCAUGGGGCACGGGGUGUUUUGGGGCCUGGCCCGGUGGGAAAUGUGGGGAGCAGCCCUCUGAGGCGGAAUAAAAGGAGGUGAGGGUGA